CUCACACACUCUUGAUCCCAACAUAGCCUAUCCCCACAUAGCCGACUCUUGAUCCCUAGAUAGCCUACAUAGCCGAGGAGGAGAGGAGAAACCCGAUGGAGAGAGAGGCUUCCAAUAUUCGGAGCAGCAGCAGCAGCGGCGCUGGUGAACCCUUCUCAUCUGCCGCUUCGUACAGGUGCUGUAUCUGCAAGAAGGCCUUCAAGACGGAGAAGGCGCUGUGCGGGCACAUGCGGACCCACCCGAAGUCCUGGAGAGGAGUGAAGCCACCCACGGCAGAGCAGCAAGGUCGUGAUGUUAAAGAAUCCGCCGCAGCAGAAGAGAGCAUCCCUGUUCGAAAAUUGGUUCCAAUCAAUCAACGCGCCGAGGAUGGGGAAGUUAUCAUGAAAGACGGGUUCAAUCAACCAGCGAACAUCAGCGUCGUCGCUGCAGGGGCAGAGGCAGGGGUGGCGGCGGGCGCGAUCAUCGCUGCGCGCAAUGGAACAGUGCCUGACGUGAAAAAGGGAACGAGCUCGAAAAAGAAGGGGAGCAGUGGCAGCUCUGCCGCAGGCGGCAGCGGGCCCCACACAUGCGAGAAGUGCGGGAGGACGUUCGCGACGGGGCAGUCGCUCGGCGGCCACAUGAGGAAGCACUACGAGGGCCCGCUGAUUAUUAUAAACAAGAAAAGAGCUCGCGAGCAGCGAGAGGAAACGCCCGCCCCGGCAGCUGAGCGCAAAGUAGUGAGGAUGGUGAGUUACUUCAAUGGGCCUUUUUUGGAAUCGCAUAAUCCUGCGCUUCUGUCGCAAUCCGAGCAAGCGAGCGACGCUGGUGAUUAUGGGAGAGGCAACGAAGCCUGCCGUCUGCACAACUUCUUCCCUAAUGUGCUGGCAGAGCCAGAGGCGGAGCCUGAGAGCGCGCCGCAGCCGGAACCGGAAACGAAAGGUGAUGAUGGCGACGAUGACGAAUUGCUCUCCUUGCGACUUGGUCGGACAUGGAGUGGUGUUUAA